AUGUUAUCUGUUGAUAAUGAGAAAUUACCGUCAGAAGAAGAAUCUUUACAAGCUGCUAUUCAAAGAAAUUUAGAAACACAAUUACCUCCUCAAGCUUUAUAUAAUACUCAACCUCAUUAUAAAAUAGAAGUAUCAAAAACUGGAUUUAAAUUUGAUAAUAAAGCAGAAUUUGACUAA